AUGGGGGCUGAGCAGCCACGGGCUGGGGUGGAACACGGUCCUCGUGUAGAACGGCAGCACAAAGCGCCCACCCGUGCGGUCAGUGCGAGGCGUCACCCCGUGUCCGGUGCCGCGGUCCCGGCGGUCCCGGCGGGGAUGUCCCGCAAACAGGCGGCCAAGGCCCGGCCCGCCGCCAGGAAGGGCCGCCGGCCCCGGCAUUCUCCCACCGGGCCGGCACCGGGCCCCGCUCCGGGCGACAGCGGCGGCCUCGCCGGGCAGCUCCGGGCCCUCGGCCUCAAGCUGCGGGAGGUGCCGGGAGAUGGUAACUGCUUGUUCCGUGCCCUGGGGGACCAGCUGGAGGGGCACUCCCGGAACCACCUGCAGCACCGGCAGGACACGGUGCAGUUCAUGGUGAGGCAGCGCGGGGACUUCGAGCCCUUCGUGGAGGAUGAUGUGCCCUUUGACAAACAUGUUGCCAAUUUGGCCAAGCCUGGUACUUUUGCUGGCAAUGAUGCUAUCGUGGCCUUUGCAAGGAACAAUCAAAUGAAUGUGGUUAUUCAUCAGCUCAACGCUCCACUGUGGCAGAUCCGGGGCACAGACAGGAGCGAUGCCAGGGAGCUGCACAUCGCCUACAGGUACGGGGAGCACUACGACAGCGUCAGGAGGAUCAGCGACGACUCGGAAUCUCCAGCCUACCUUCGGAUGGAGAUGCUUUGCAAGAACGAUUCGAGUAAGGCAGAGGAAGUGAAGGCACAGAAGGGUGGCUCUGAAGAUGAGACUGAAGUGGAGAGGGAAGAUGCUGUACAAAAAGUGUGCAAUGCUACUGGGUGUUCAGACACGGAUUUAGUAAGCCACAUUCUGGAAGUGGAGGACUACAAUGUGGAAUCUGCAAUAUUUGCCAUCUUGCAGGUGAAGGAAGGGGAAGGAACAGGUACCGAGGAGCAGCAGGAGCCCCAGGGCAGGGAGCAGAAAUCCUGCAGCAGCAGGACACUGUGGGAAGAGAAUGGAACUGGUUCAAGAAUCUUUGGAAAUCAGAGUUUGCAUCAAGGUGAAGCAGAAAACGCCAAGGGACGAGCUGGAUCCAGGGAAGAGAACCGGGCCAGCAGAAACCCAAAGGUAGCCAAGAAGCAAAGGAAGAAGCAGCAGUGGCUGGAGAAGAAGAAGCAGCAGGAGGAGAGGCACCGGCAGAAGGUCCUGGCCAGCAAGAGGGACAGUGCAGACACCAGGACAGAGGCAGAGCCAGCCAACCACGUCACCCUGGUGAAGGCCAUGGCAGCCCUAAACAUAUGACUCAGUGCUCUGAUGAGUAAAGCAAAUAAAACUGAUGAAGACAAAAUUCCCCCGGGAGAAUUUCCAGGCACUCAUGGUUAUCUUAAAAUCCAUCUCUGCUGAGAUUUCCAAGCACAAGAGAACUUCCUCUUCCUUUACUUGUGAGGAGGACAAUUGCUCAUUGAUUCUGCAUCAACCUGUGGUGAGAAGAGUUGUUUAAACUUAACAGGAAGUAGAGACUUGGGUCUAUAAUCUUGGGGUUAGAUGAUGAUAAGAAUCUUUUAUUUACACAACAGUGUCAGAUUUGUUUUGACAUCUCUUGAUGUGCCUGAUUUAGUUUUUUCUUUUUCUUUUAUUUGGUUAUGCCUGGAGGAGCUUUAUUUUACUUUGCUGUCAGGGAAAGUUUAACGGAUCUCAACUCAGGAAUAUCUCUGGUGGCUCUUUUUCUAUUUAAAUUCAAAUAAAGUAAGGCAACAGAGUCCCAGAA